AUGAACGCAAUCGUUUCCUUAUCUAUCGUCUUGCUUAUUGCCGCUGUCGCGUCAAUGGCGUCCGCCAAUAAUAACACGAAUAAUAAGACAGCCUUGCUGAUCGUGGACGUUCAAGAGUGUUUCAUGGAAGCAGCUGGUACAUCUUCGGGCGUCGAUGGCAGCUUGAGCGUGGCCGACACUGCAUCCAUUGUUCCUCUGAUCAAUCAGCUUCGUGACGAAACGGAAUGCCUGUUCGACGUUGUCAUUCGUUCGCAAGACUUUCAUCCGCCGCACCACAUUUCCUUUGGCCCCACUCAUGGAUGGAUUGGAACCCUUUGCGCAUUUGUCGUCGGGCAAAGGAGAGUUGCCCAUUACGAAACUCUCAAGACACCGUUGGAUCAAAUUCUGACGGAUAACCAAAUUACUACCAUUUAUGUGGUGGGCAUUGCCACCGAUUACUGCGUCUACUAUUCCACGUUGGACGCAAUCAGUUUGGGGUAUGAAACAAUAGUGGUUAUAGAUGCCACUCGUGGCAUUGCCAACGAAACGGUGGACGCUGCUCAACAGGACAUGUUGAACAAGGGUGCCACCAUUAUGAAUGCAGCGGAUAUCCUGGCUUUGGAUUAUCCUUGUUCAGCUCCAAACGACACAACAACAACAACGACAUCAACAUCGAAUGCAUCAUCGGCUGGAGUGGGUGGCAGCACCAUCCAAUUUAUUGGUGGGCUUGCCUUAUUGUCAUUGGGCUUGCUGAUCACCUCAGCUCUCGCUGCACUUUAA